UCACUCCAGUGUCUGAGGAGGAGCAGACCUCUCUGAUUCCCUUCCCUCUUCUCCCCUCCCUCCUCCUUCCUUCCCCUUCUUCCCCUCAUUCUUUCUGUCUCUCUUUCUCUCUCCCCGUUUCUCUAUGAUUUGGCCUUUCAUUCUCUGGAAAUUAAAUGAUGGUAGGUCUGAAGUUCUAGCAAAAGAUUUAAUGUACAAAAGUAUUUUUAGAUAUUCAGCUGUACGGGCAUUAUUGUUUUACCUCCUUGGCUUUAUUCAUCAGUUUUGGACAUGACAGCAUUUAAAAGGUUAAUGCCCAUUUUCAUGGCUGUUGGCUGCCUCAUUGGUCAUGGAACGACACAGCAACAAUGCUCAAAUGGGUUUGAGAUGGAUCGUGUGUCAGGCCAAUGCUUAGAUGUUGAUGAAUGCCGCACUAUUGCUGAGGCCUGUAGAGGAGAUAUGGUGUGUGUCAACCAAAACGGGGGCUAUUUAUGCAUUCCACGAACAAAUCCCAACCAGCGAUCCCCAUAUACGAAUCCUUACACAUCCAGUUUGUAUCCACCGCCUCCAGUCCCAGCUCCUGUUCCAAAUUAUCCUACUAUUGGAAGAGCACCUCCCAUUUGUCGGUUUGGGUAUCGAAUGAAUGAAAACAACCAGUGUGUAGAUGUCGAUGAAUGUGCAACUGAAUCACAUCAGUGCAACCCUACCCAAAUCUGCAUCAACACUGAAGGAGGAUACACUUGUUCCUGCACUGAAGGAUACUGGCUUUUAGAAGGCCAAUGCUUAGACAUAGAUGAAUGUCGCUAUGGAUACUGUCAGCAACUAUGUGCCAAUGUACCUGGCUCCUAUUCCUGUACCUGCAACCCAGGAUUUGUACUGAAUGAAGAUGGAAGAUCGUGUCAAGAUGUGAAUGAAUGUACAGGUAGCAACCCUUGUGUACAAAACUGUAUCAACACCUAUGGCUCAUUCCUUUGUCGUUGUGAUCCUGGCUAUGAAUUGGAGACAGAUGGUAUCAGCUGUACUGAUAUGGAUGAAUGCAGCUUCUCAGAAUUUCUAUGCCAGCAUGAAUGUGUUAAUCAGCCAGGUAGUUACUACUGUUUCUGCCCGUCUGGCUACGUUCUUGUUGAGGAUACUCGGUGUCAGGAUGUUAAUGAAUGUGAGGUUGGGAAUCACACUUGUAAUGUGCAGCAAACAUGUUUUAAUGUCCAAGGAGGAUUCAAGUGCCUAGACCCAGUAAGAUGCGAGGAUCCUUAUAUCCGGAUCAAUGAAAAUCACUGUAUAUGUCCAACUGAAAACCCUAGCUGUAGAGACCAGCCAUUCACCAUCUUGUACAGAGACAUGGAUGUAUCAGGACGUACUGUGCCCGCCGAUGUAUUUCAGAUGCAGGCAACCUCUCGCUACCCUGGUGCUUAUUACAUCUUUCAGAUUAAAUCAGGAAAUGAAGGCAGAGAAUUCUAUAUGCGGCAAACUGGACCUAUCAGUGCCACUCUUGUGAUGACCCGUCCUCUGAAGGGGCCGCGUGACAUGGUGUUGGACCUGGAGAUGGUCACUGUUAACACUGUCAUCAAUUUCAGAGGAAGUUCUGUCAUUCGACUGAGGAUUUAUGUAUCACAAUAUCCCUUCUAAACCUAGACUGGCAUUGCUUUCUUUUUAAAACUACCACAGCAGCAGCUGAAAAUGGACCCUUUUCUGCCCAAACUUUUUUUUUCUCAGGAGUCAAUUCUUCUAACAAUCCAACCUGAAAUUAGUAUUAAAACAUGUUACAAUGGCUCAUAUUACAAUAACUGGACAAUACUUCUUGCGGUUUAAAGACACCUGAGCUUUGAAUUAUCAGUGGAUUCCAUAGAAUUAUUUUAUUUUAUUUUGCUCAUGAGUGUUUAGAUACUUUGGUCUUCCUUUCCAAACUUUUUCUAAAGUGUGAUUAAAAGCUUUAAAAACUGUGAA